AUGGCAGUACCCACGAAUGCUAUAAAAGAAGCGAACGAACAAAUCUCACUUAUGCAUUCUAAGAUGCAGGAAAUGGAACAAGAAAUUAAAGAUUUAAAUAAGAAAUUAGCGGCGAGUGAUGCAGAAGACGGCAAGAUACAAAUACAGCAAGUUGUAAACAAGAAAGACACAGAAAUUCAAGGACUACGGGCAGAGUUACGUACUGCAAAUGAAAGAAUAAGUACCUUAGAACAAGAUAUGUUAGACAACGAGGUUCAAAUGGAAAAACUACAAAGCAAAAGUAAAAUCUUAGAUGAAAUUAUUGGGUUUCGUGGCUCACUAGAAGGAUUAUUGUCUUAUUUUAAGAUCGUGCAAGAAAUGGAUAUUAAUAGAAAUGACGUAAACGGUAAUCUACGAGAAACAGAGAUUACUGAUGGAUAUCAAAGUGAUGAUGAACAUAUUAGCAAAACUAGUGUUGUCGUUAAUGGCCGUCCUGAUGAUACUGCAACAACUGAGCUUGUUGACCAUGUUUAG